GCAGGUGCAAGCACAGACAAGCGCGAGCACCUGUACAAAAUCCUGGUGAUUGGCGAACUGGGAACCGGGAAAACGUCGAUUAUCAAGCGCUAUGUCCACCAGUUCUUCAGCCAGCAUUACCGGGCCACCAUCGGCGUCGACUUCGCUCUCAAAGUCCUCAACUGGGAUAGCAAUACAGUCAUCCGUCUGCAGCUCUGGGAUAUUGCAGGCCAAGAGCGCUUCGGAAACAUGACUCGGGUGUACUACAAGGAGGCAGUAGGAGCCUUUGUGGUUUUCGACGUGACUCGCGCCCAGACCUUCGACGCCGUGACGAAGUGGAAGACGGACCUCGACACGAAGGUCACUCUCGCCGACGGAUCGCCCAUUCCUGCGGUUCUGCUUGCUAAUAAGUGUGACCAGCCCAAGGAAGGGGUCGUGAACAACCCUGCCCGAAUGGACGACUACUGCCGAGAGAGAGGCUUCAGCGGAUGGUUCGAGACUUCUGCCAAAGAGAACAUUAACAUCGACGAAGCAUCACGAUUUCUUGUUAACAAGAUCCUAAGCAACGAAAAGCAGGGCAUGAUGAUGACCGAAUCCCUGGACACCGACAAGUUCUCCAUCGACGGAAAGGCCAAUCCUGCCGAGAAAGCCGCUUGCCGAUGCUAAAGGAAGCCAGAUGCUGAACUCCCACCCACGCUUAGAAGUACUGGGGUGUUCUUUAUAGAAUGCCGACGCUAAUGAGUGCAUUUCCAUUCGCCGAGAGCUCCCUGCCGCCGGAGCAGGUAGUGAGACAUGAGACGAGGUGCGUGUUGUUUACGAGCAGGAUGCACUGAGGUUGCAGGAAGGGUCACGCACGUCCUUAUGAAGAAAUAAAGGGAUGGGGAGUGAUCACGUUAUGGCACUUGCAGUAUGAUGUGAUAUCCUUAUUUGUCUUCUUAAUUUUUUAAUAGGAAGCAAUAGGAUUAUUUGGACUUGGUAAUACUCA